AUGGAAUCGAAAUCUUUACAAAUCUACUCAAUCUCUUCUCUUACUACUACUUUUCCUCUUCGAUUCUAUCUUGUGAUUGUGAAGAUGGCAGAGAAUUUACGGCGUGCAGUUCAAGACAUUAACUUGGGUUUCGAUGACGCUCCCAUGACGAUUCCCCCUAACAUCGUGGCUAAUGCGAUGGCUGAAAACCGUUUCAUCCUUAUGGGACGACCUGUGAUGCCGAGACGACAGAACCUUCGAUCCAUCAUUGCUUCCAUGCCGCGUGUCUGGGGCCAAUCCGGUCUUGUCCAUGGCCGUAUUAUUGGUGGUAACCAGUUCCAAUUCAUCUUCCCGUCUGAGGAGUCUCUCUCAACGGUCCUUCGCCGUGGUCCUUGGGCUUUCAAUGAUCGCAUGUUGGUGCUUCAGCGUUGGUUUCCUGACAAUGCUCCGUUGAUCAACUUCAUUCCAUUUUGGGUUCAAGUUCGUGGAAUCCCGUUUCACUUCCUCAAUCGCGAUGUGAUUUCUCACAUUGGUCGUUCCCUUGGUCCACUUUUGGAUGUGGAUUACGAUGGUGAGGCUGCAGCACGUGUGGAGUUUGUUCGUGUUCAGAUAAGUUGGGAUAUCCAACUCCCUCUCCGUUUUCAGAGACAUAUUCAAUUCCAAGAGGGGGUGAACACUCUUCUUCGUUUCCGCUAUGAGCGACUUCGUGGUUUCUGUGAGGUGUGUGGUCUGUUAACCCAUGAUACUGGUGCUUGUGUUCUCCCUGAUGAUGUUGAACAACAGUUUGCAAAUGACGAAGAAGAUGAUGAGCACCCUCCACCAGAAAUCCGUCAAAACCAAGGUGUUGUCAUUCGUGAAAUCGUGGAACCAGAACCAGUCCUUGAUGCGGCUGUGAAUGCGGAUGAAGAUGUUGCUCUUGAUGAUAUUGAUCCUUAUCAUGAUGCUUUGGCUCACAUUGAGGAUCUCCCUGAGGAGAUUGCAGUUGAUCCUCUUGCUGACUUUGCAACCAAUCCCUGGAUUCGCCCUAGAUUGGAUCUGUCCCCCCAUCCUGAUGAUACUGUGAUGCUCCCAUCUAUGUAA